AUGGCCUCUACGACCGUUCCCACCCAAGACCAGGUCUUGAUUCCUGAGACUCUGCUCAAGAAGCGCAAGAGCCAGGAGAAGGCCCGCGCUGAGCGCACCGCCGCCAUUGAGAAGCGCAAGGCUGGCAGCAAGGAGAAGCGCCAGGUCAUUUUCAAGCGUGCCGAGAAGUACGUCAAGGAGUACCGUGACGCCGAGCGUGAGAAGAUCCGUCUUAGCCGCGCCGCCCGCUCUGACGACUCUGCGUACGUCCCCGCUGAGUCGCGCCUGAUCUUCGUUGUCCGCAUCAAGGGUAUCAACAAGAUCGCCCCCAAGCCGCGCAAGAUCCUUCAGCUCCUCCGUCUUCUUCAGAUCAACAACGGUGUCUUCAUCAAGGUCACCAAGGCCACUACGGAGAUGCUGAAGGUUGUCGAGCCCUGGAUCGCCUACGGCUACCCCAACCUCAAGUCCGUCAAGGAGCUCAUCUACAAGCGCGGAUACGGAAAGGUCAACAAGCAGCGCACUGCCCUGACUGAUAACCUGAUCAUUGAGGAGAACCUCGGCCAGUACGGCAUCGUCUGCAUGGAGGACCUCAUUCACGAGAUCUACACUGUCGGCCCCAACUUCAAGCAGGCCUCCAACUUCCUCUGGCCCUUCAAGCUGUCCUCCCCCAACGGCGGCUUCCGUCCCCGCAAGUUCAGGCACUUCAUCGAGGGUGGUGACCUUGGCAACCGUGAGGAGGCUAUCAACGCCCUCAUCCGCCAGAUGAACUAA